UAGUCGGAAACUGACAAUUGGGAACUUGUUAGGUUUUAAGAGGAAAAUAAGAAUAGGUUGAUAGCUAUGGUGCUUGAAGUAUGAUACAUUAUUUGCACAUUAUUAAAUAGUAUCAUUAAGUACAUGUAAAAGGGAUUACAAGACCAAUUGUGUGUUAUUUACAAUUUAAAGGGAAUAUAUUUUGAACAGAACGUGAAUAAUCUAUUUCCACAGUUAAUAUAUUCCUGAAAACGUGAAAAUCAGUUUUAAAUAGGGUGUUUGUGAAUAUAAAUAUGUUUGGUAACAGGCUUUCUUGACAUAAUUAAUUUGCCUAACAAUGGUGGUCUGGUCCUGUGAUUGUCAGGGGCCCUGUUGGAAGGAAUAACAAUGUAUUUUCUCGGAAAUUACCCAGAAAUUACCCAGAAAACAUUCUUGGGAACUGAUUCGGAACCAGGCUGGCAUGUGUGAAGGGCUUAUCUUGAUUGUUUUGUAGAGCUGUUCUUCACUUACUGACUUGGUUGAAGCGAUUCAGUUAAACCGGUUUCAAAAGGGCAAACAUGGAAAAAAUUGUUGCUGAAAUUGCAGAGAGAGGUUUAUCAGAUAGUGAUACGUUUUUGGCAUAAGGAGUUGCUCCAUGCAGGAGUUGCCUGGUAGAAGGACUACUGAGCUGUAUUUGAAUGUGUGAUAUUUUCUUCUAUGCUAAAAAGGUGACAGAACAUUUAGGUAGACCAGCUGGAUAUUCUCACAACGGCUUCUGAAUGUCGGAAACAAGUGCUUGGACCAGGUUCAUCCAUGGGGAAGAAAUGAAUGGCUUGGUAGACAUGUGAUCAUGUUUUCUGGGAAAAACUCUUAAACAAGAGGAGGAACUGAUGAGAGAUAUCUGGCUGAUGAAUCAGGGGUACAAAACAGACCUGAUGCUUUUAAAUUGGACAUUAAUUGGUUUGGAGCUUUCCAAUUAAACUGAAAUUGAGCAUUGCAGAUGUCUUAACAUGGGGUUCACUGUUGUAAUUGUUGUGUUUUCUUAGUAGGAUUGACUGUUGAUGGAUUGGAAAUUUAUUUGAUAGACUGAAAAUGGUCUGCUUUAUGUAAGGAAGAGAUCUAUUUUUUUUAGUGACAUGAUUUUUUUGGUGUGCUCAGUAAUUUUAGUGACAAAGUUAGUCUGAUCCAGUAACAACUGGGGAGGAAUUAUUUAAAAAAACAAAACAUUGUACUGUUUUUUGGAGAGUAGAAUUUCGUCCCGAUUUUCUGCAAUUUUAUUAGUAGACUAUUGUAUUUUGUGACACAAUAAAUCAGAACAUAAUUCCAGUAAUUUCACACAACAGCAGAUGUUUCAUAUGACAAAUAUUUUUUGUGAACAUUGAAACAGUUCUCAUUUAUCGAAGGGAAUAGCUGAAUAUCCACUGCAUAGUAUUAUGAAUAGAGCUGUUUUGUCAGAAAUCUGAGCUUUACGUGUUUUUUAUGACUAUUUGACAUGAGUUUCGCUAGAACUCAGUUGAAGCCUUUUAUGUAAUAGGAGAAAUCUCGGACCAUGGCAGAAGGCUCUGAUGACAUUUUCAGAUCAAUAUUGUGAAUGAAAGAUUUUGAGUGAUAUGGAACUUAUCUUUUAUGCAUUGGUGUAGGAAUCAUUUUUUUACCUUACCGCAUCCUGUUUGGUGGAAAUCUGUGAAAAAUUGACCUGCUGAUCUCUCUGUAUUAACUCGGAACUUCAAAGAUGCAUUUGUGUAUGAAAUAGAUAAGUUUUCAUUGAUUUUGGCUUUGAAUGCUUAGAAAUUGGAAUGCCCUUCACCAUAACUUUGAUUGUUAUGGAUUUACCAUUUAUUUAAGGAGUUAAAGAAUUUUUUGAAAGGAUAUUUAUUGGAUUCAUUUACAGAAAUUGUUUAUUCUGCAAACAGAGUACUUGCUUUGAAGGAGUGACUUAUGCAUUUAAUUUGAGAGAAAAAAUAGCCACAGACAACACAAGCUUUUAGGAAGGAUUUUCCUAACGUUUUAGGUUCAGUGUGGACAUCAUGAUAUACAUGUAACAUACUUCAUGGCAAUAAUUACAUAGAAGGUGGACAUUUUGGAGAAACACAACCAUUGGUGGAUUUUUAAUGUGGUUGAAUUAACAUUUGUUUUACGCAAAGAAGAUAUCCAAACAACCUUCAAGUGCUUUUAAAUUUCGACAAUCGAAGCUGCGGCCCUAUUGUGUGGUGGUCAGUUAUUGUUUGAAUUGCGGUAAAGGUUAAUGCUUUUGAAGGAAUUUUUGUUUAAAUUUAUCUAUUUAAUUUUAAGUUUUUUUUUAAAGCUCUCUCACUAUUGACCUUAUAAACAGUUAACGGAUUAUGCUGGAGUAACACAGAGCAAUAACGAGACAGGAGAAUGAUCUACCAGAGAAUCAGACAAACAUACGAGAAAUAAAACGGUUAAAUUUAAACGUACAUUGUAUGUAUUGUGAUCAAUCUAAAUAAUGGAUUACCCCGAUGUAGAUUAUGACGAAAAUUUGGAUUAUGUGGCAUCAGUUUUCGGAAAAGGAACAGAAAAUAAUAACGCGGGCCAUGUCAGACUCGAUGUUCCAAUGCAGAAUGAGACGCGUUUCCGUAACGACAAUCUGCGUCUGCGCUGUGAAAUCACAGGAUAUCCAAUACCCAAGUAUCAGUGGUUCAAAGAUGAUGUCAUCCUUAAAACCAAGGAUCGGGUCAGCAUCAAGAUCACACCGUGGGGAUCGAGGUUGCGCAUUCGUAGCUUGACCCCGGAUGACAGCGGCAUGUAUGGUUGCCGAGGAUGGAACAGCUUCGGUUCAGUGAAUACAACGGGAUAUGUACAAGUCAAGUCAGAAGUUGCCCCUAACAAAGAUUCUGACUAUGACGAUGUCAAUAUGCCGAUAUUUGAUGGGGAUGAUGCAGGUGGAAUAACCGGCGGGGACGCCAGCUUUAAGGGCGGCUGGGAUCCCGAUCAAUGGAAGGAUGGCGGAGACAUUGAUGGAUCUCCCUCCUCUGAGCAGCAGACCCAGCAGCCAUUCUGCCAGCAGCACCGUGCCAAUGUGUGUGCCACCUACGUUGGCAACAAGUCCAUAUAUGUAACUUCUCGAUAUGCACAAGGACUGCGAGAGGACAAGGUCAUGGCUGCCCUUAGUGUAAUUGGGCACUCCAACGACCUGUCCACCCAAUGUGGGAGGUAUGCAAUCUCUCUAAUAUGCCACUUCUCAUUCCCACACUGUGAGGCUCAGGGCGCCCGCGAGCCUGUGCCGUGGAUGAUCUGUAAGGACGAGUGCGAAAUGCUGGAGAACCAGAUAUGUCGGGAGGAGUACGUCACCGCCAAACACCACCAGCUCAUUGACAAUAGUGUAUUACCUAGCUGCAAGGACCUACCCGACUAUGGAACUCCAUGUGUCCGUCUGGGUGUUCCCAUCAAGGGAUAUGAUGACAAGUGUUACAAGAAUAAUGGAGCCAACUAUCGUGGGAUGGCAGCACGCACAAAGAGUGGGAAGACCUGUCAAAAUUGGAACUAUAACUCUGAGUUUCCCAUAAACAAACCAGCCUUCAGCGACUUACUCGGUGACCACAACUUGUGUAGGAACCCCAACGGUACGAUGACUGGCCCCUGGUGCUACACCGACCCUUACUUCCGCUACAAGGAGCUCUGUGACGUCCCAGUCUGUGCAUCUGGAGUUCCCAGUGAAUCCAGUAACCUGGUUGUGAUUAUCGUUCCCGGCAUUAUUGUCCCUCUCGUUCUCAUCAUACUGCUAGCCCUUGUCUGCUUCUGCCAGCGAUCCAAACGGAACAACUCUGCCAAAACAAAGACCAUCAACAACAAGGCUCAGAACAUGGAGUUGUGUCCCUUGACUGCUAAGGCGCCUACACAACGAGUGCGGGAAUUCCCGUUAUCUUCUGUGCGAUUUUUGCAAGAACUUGGUGAAGGUGCUUUUGGAAAAGUGUACAAAGGUGAAGUCAUGGGGUUGUUUGGUGAAAAUACUGUUUCUAAAGUUGCCAUAAAAACUCUGAAAGAGAAUGCAGCACCUAAAACUCAGAAUGACUUUAGGCGUGAAGUUGAUAUGAUGUCGGAAAUGCGACAUCCGAACAUUGUGUGUUUGCUCGGGGUUGUGAUGAAACAAGAGCCAAUGUGUAUGCUGUUUGAGUUUAUGUCUGGUGGAGAUCUUCAUGAGUAUCUCAUACAGCAUUCUCCUCAUUCUGAUAUGUCUGUCGUGUCAGAUGAGGAGAGCUUACAGAGGCCGAUUCUCGAUUAUGGAGACAUGCUGCAUAUAUCGACCCAGAUUGCAUCUGGAAUGGAGUACUUGGCCAGUCAUCAUUUCGUCCAUCGGGACUUGGCUGCCAGGAAUAUUCUCGUGGGAGACAACCUUACUGUGAAGAUAUCAGACUUUGGGUUAUCUCGAGAUGUGUACUCCUCCGAUUACUAUAGAGUUCAGAGCAAAUCUCUACUGCCGGUGAGGUGGAUGCCACCAGAGGCCAUCAUGUAUGGCAAGUUCACUACAGAGAGCGACAUCUGGGCUUUUGGUGUUGUUUUGUGGGAAACCUUCAGCUAUGGCCUACAGCCAUACUAUGGUUUCUCCAAUCAAGAGGUGAUUGAGAUGAUUCGAUCUCGUCAAAUAUUGCCGAGUCCGGAGGACUGCCCGGCUAGAAUGUACGGACUGAUGGUGGAGUGUUGGCAUGAAAUGCCCACCCGCCGACCUAAUUUCCGGGAAGUUCAUGCGCGCUUACGUGCUUGGAAGAGUGAACUGCUUAUGCAGAAUCCUCACUGGAGCUUGUCCCAAAGUCAUUCAGCUCACUCCAGCUCCCACCAAAGCUCACUUCAGAGUGGACCUAGUCAACAAGGGAGCACCGGACCCAGUAACACCACUGCCAUGACCGGGCUCACAGGGAGCAGUAACAACUCUGACCCAGACGGUCGAUUCGGCCCCCUGCCAGCGGCACCGCCCCCUCUCAUCACCAUGCCAACCACCCAGAGUGGUUACCCCCCUAACCCUGGGCAACAACCUGUCACCGUGACAUUUCAAGGAAUGCCCACACAGAAACAGAUCUAUAGUGCUUUAAACUCUAUUCAGCAACAGAACAAUAAGAAUGUCAUUAUGCAGCAACAGCCGCAGAAUACGAAUGGACCUACAAAGAUUUCACCCCCAGAGUCCGUAGCUAGUGGAUCUAGCUCCGGUUCAUCUACAAAUAAGUCAAAAAUCGCAAAUUCUACAAACAGUGCCACAGACUCAAGCAAAUCACCACCGCCAUAUGCGGAAUGUAACCGUUUCAAUAAUUUUCUUUCGCAGAAUGCUUACAUUCCGGAACAAAGAACUGCAGAAAUUUGAGAUUAUUGCGGAUAGUGUGAAUCUGUGUUAGCUCUUGAUGAGAAAAUGUUUUAUGUAAUGAAAGGCUUAAAUUUCUAUACCAGUUAUGUGUACCUUAAGUCCUGUUUUAUUUUCUGGUACAAUUGUUAGAAACAGAGUAAUACUAUUUGUAUACAAAGUUGAUUAGCCUGUAAAUAAAUUAAACGAAAAUCCAUGGUUUUUAUAUUCUACGGCUCUGUAAAAUUUGGAAAUAUAUAGUUCUUUAAACAUUGUUUUCUAAAUAACACAAUGCUAUUUUAAACUUUUUUUCAUUAAAUUUACUUUAAACUUGUUUGUAUAGAAUUAUAUUGUGACUAUCAGCUAUCACUGUUUUUUUUGCUUAAGUUGUUAGUUGAUACCUUUCGGUUUUGUUGUGACUUGGACUUGGCUAUUUGCUUUCCAUGCUGUGAUGUUUCAGAUGUCUUAAUCAUUAUGUAUUUACUCUGAUUUCUGCUUUGCAAAAGCAUUUGUUCCUGGUGUGUUUGUGUAUUUUACUUUUUUUUAAUGUACUUAAGGGCUGAAUGAUAAACUGUAUUAAGUGUAAUGAUUUCAUUAAACAUGUUCAUACAGUUUAGCAUUUUUCCUGGAAAAUUGACUUUUUAUCAAAUAGCUGGAGCCUUUUAAAGAAAGUAUAAAAUAAAAAAAAUUAAAGAAAUAUCUGUAUUACUGAAUAUAUUAAUGAAAAACACUGUUAGUGAACUACAAUUUCUACAUGUUUUUACUGACAACUGUUUUGGAGCAAAAUUGAACUAAAAAAAAAAAUGUGAAUUGUUUUUUUAAGCCAAUUUCUGUUACUGAAAUUGGUCCAGCAAGAUCAAAAUUGGUCGAGAUCGGUAAAUUAAGGUUUUGAGAAGCCCUGCUCUAAACAUAAUUUUAUAAAGGUUUUUAAGUGAAAUUAUACCUUUUACAAAGUUUAAUGACUAUAGUUUUCAUGCCUUUCAUGUUAUUGACUUUUAAAUUAUUUUGUUAUUUUUCUUGAUGACUACCGUGUGAUGAAUUUGGGUGAAAAGACGUUUUUAUUUCUUAUGUUUAAUAUAAGACAUUAAUGAUAAUGAAGCAUAAUUGUUAUUGUUUAUCGUAAAGUGCUUAAAGUUAUGAUUUAAUAUUUUAAAUAUAUUUGAUUUCAAAGGGCUAUUAGAUAGUAUUCCUGUAAAAUAAAGUUGUACAAAUGAUUGAAAUAUAAUUUUGACUGUCAAAAUAACUAACUUUGUUAAAAUGUUAAGAUAAGCCUCGCCAUUUUAUAAUUCUGAUAUUUAGAUGUACCUCAUGGAUCUGAUUUAAAUUUGCCAAUUUUACAAUAGGCAAAAAAGUUAGAAAAUGGUAAUGCUGCCUUUAAAAAUUAAUCUGAACAAUGAUUGAUAUGUCCAUGUAAAGAAGCAGAAAUGAUGAACAAACCACAUCACUCAUAAAGCAUCGUAUAUAUCAUGAAAUGUUCUUUUUUUUAUGAUUAUAAUUUACAUGUAUUACGGUACCAUGUAUAUUGUAAUGUUGAACCAAAGUUUUUUUUCCUGGUGCAAUAUAGUAAUUUUAUAUUAUAUAAUUAUGUACAUAUAAUUGUGUAUGUUUAGUUAAUGUUUUAUGUUAGUGAUCAGCAUAUAGAAAAUUGCAUUAUAUAAGUUAAUAGACAUGUAUUAUCAUCAUUCAGGCAAGCAUGUAAAAGUUUACAUUCUAUAAGUUUAGACAUGUAUUAUCAUUCAGGCAGGCAUGUAAAAGUUAACAUUUUAUCAUAUGGUCAUAUAUUCUUUAAAUAUAUAUUAUUGAAAUGAAUAUUUUGUGGCUCAUAACUCUCUGUGAAACAAUGUAACAGUUUUGACAUAUACUACUGCAGUAGAUGGCAAGAUUGAAAGAUAUACUAUAUAAGCCGCAUCUCGCGAUUUUGGGCCUUUAGACAUGAUUACUACAAAUGAAAUAAUCAUUAAUAGAAUAAGCUAAAAAUAGUAAAUUUUUCUUUAUUACUUCCUCACUUUUUCCUUUAAAAGCGUUGUCAUUGGUGCAUUAUUUUCUUCAUGAUUAAGGACAAUCACUUUACUGGUACUCAAACAUCCAAAUUAUUUAAGAAUACUAACUUUAAACUUUUCUUAAGCUAUUUUCCAUAAAGGUUUUGGGUUAGGAUAAAAACUAAAAUUAAAAGCUAAAGGUAAAAAAGUGCGUCCUAUGCAUAGUAUAAUACGGUAGUUGGAAUUUUGUUAAUUAUGCGUGCCAUUUCAAUAAUAAAGUUUUGUUGAUAUGACACCAUGUGUUUGAAGUCAUUUGUGUAAUGUUCAUGUGUGUGACGUCAAAUAUAGUGUUCAAAAUACACAAUGUAAACACAUACUUAACGCAGCUUUAGAGAUAUCAUCAUUACAUUUUCAAUAUCGCUUUCUGAACUGUCAUUUAAUUGAAAUAUCUAAUGAAACAUUAAAAUCAAACGACAUCUAAAGGCCCAAAACUGUGUGUUGCAGCUCAUAAACUGAUUCAGCAUUUUGCUCCUAUGGAGAUAAGAGCCUUAUUAUUCGUGAAUUUUGAAAGUAUUUGAUGGGUAAAUUCUUAAAAAUGGCAUUUUUAUUUAACAUUUUUUAGUUCAAGAAGCAGUAAGGACGUUUUUAGUUACCGGUAAGAGUGUUUGGAAGGCUUAACGACUCAAUUUUGAUGUUAUAAAUUUUCAGUUAUUUAACAAAAAAUCAAAAUUAUAUUCAAACUAGAAGGGAAGGGAAAUAAAAAAGAUAUAUUAUAUUUUUUCAAGAAACGAAGGCAUUGAGCCUCUAACGCAGUUAUACACAUCAGUAUUUGCAUAAAAAUGUUCGCAUAAGUCACACUUCAUUGUUCUUUGGAUAUAGCCUUUAUUUUGUAUUAACCACGCUUUUUGCAAAGCUAUGUUUUCAGCAUCAUUUCUAUUCAUUUUAAUUUUAAGAAAAAAAAUGGUGCUAAAUAACAUUACAAUUAUAAUACAGCCAUAAUUACUUUUGAUGGAAAUUACUGCAAAUGUACAUACGCAACGCAAGAUUGUCUUGUUAUUCAUAUUGAGAUAUAUGACGCAGUCUUGCUUCUAAUGUGUAUCCUGCUUGUUGAACACACUCUAGACCAGUUUUAAGUAUUGUAUUUUGUAAGUGUCAGUUACUUUUUCGAAGUCAGCACUAUCAUUCUUUGUGUUUUGCAUGUAUAUAAAUGCCUAUGGAUAAACACAUUUCACUUCUAUUAAAAUGUUUCUAAUUCGA